GGCAACUCCGUCGACACACCGUUCCCCAACGCGCUAAGCGGCGGCCGGCGGACAACGAAACUAACCGGUUUCCCACAGAGUUCUAGCCCGAGGAACGGCUAGCCCCGCAGGUAGCCAGGGAAGAGUUUGGAUGCCUAAAGAAGAACAUUUGUAGACUGCUUUCGGAAGCCAACACCAUGGAUCCCAGCAGUGACUACCAUUUCCUCAGUCAGAUUUUGUGGAGGCGAGUGAAGCUCACCUUGGUGUCUGGAGUCUUCGAGGGUGUGCUCCAGCACGUGGAUCCCAACAAGAUUGUUGUCCUGAAGAAAGUGAAGAAUGUGGAGAGUGGCCGGAGCACCCCCGGAGUGAAGCUGUUUUUUGGGCAUGAGAUUAUGAAUGUGGAACUGCUGGAUGAAGUGGAGCAAGGCGCGGUGGGGGAAAAGGCAUCUUCCCCUAGUCUUAACACCGAGAGAGACAGGACGGAUAACCUGAAAGAUGAAGAAGUAAACGUAUGCGAACCUGUGUCACCCCCGCCGGAGGCACCAACCACCUCGCUGCUCAGGGACCUCAAAUACAGUCCAUCAGAGGAAGAGGAAGUGACAUACACAGUCAUUGAUCAGUUCCAGCAGAAGUUCGGUGCUGCGAUGCUCCACAUCAAAAAGCAGAGUGUCCUGAGCGUGGCCGCAGAAGGGGCUAACGUGUGCCGCCAUGGAAAGCUUUGUUGGCUUCAGGUGGCCACAAAUAGCCGCGUAUACUUAUUUGACAUUUUCCUUUUGGGAAGUCGAGCUUUCAACAAUGGACUUCAGAUGAUCCUAGAAGACAAAAGAAUUUUAAAGGUUAUCCAUGACUGUCGCUGGCUUUCUGAUUGCCUCUCUCAUCAGUAUGGAAUCAUGCUGAAUAACGUCUUCGAUACACAAGUAGCAGAUGUCCUUCAGUUUUCCAUGGAAACAGGCGGCUUUCUUCCCAACUGCAUCAGCACUUUGCAGGAGAGUUUAGUCAGACACCUUAAAGUUGCCCCUAAACAUCUCUCCUUUCUCGAAGAAAGACACAGGCUCCUGGAAAAUCCAGAAGUGUGGUUCAUACGGCCUCUUCCACACGCUUUACUGAAAAUUUUGGCCCUGGAAGCCACGUACCUUCUCCCCCUGCGCCUGGUACUUCUGGAUGAGAUGAUGUCAGACCUCACCACCCUGGUGGACCGGUACCUGAACACCUAUCGGGAGGGGUCAGCAGACCAGCUGGCAGGCACAGAGCCCACGUGUAUGGAACUGCCCAAGGAACUACUACAGCUCAGAGACUUCCAGAAGCAGCGCAGGGAGAGAGCGGAAAAAGAAUACAGAGUAAAUGCACAGGGACUCCUUAUAAGGACAGUGCUCCACCCAAAGAAAUCGGCCACAGAGAAAGUAGGGAAGGAGGAAAAAACCCAAGGCCUCUUGGUUUGUAAAAAUUCUAGGAUAGAGAAAGCCCCGAGUUUUAUAUCUCGUGAUUUUCAAAAACAUGUGAAGUUGUUGAAAGAAUCUAAACAGGCAACGACAAAAUCUCAUACUGUACUUCCCACGAAAGAAGCAGCAGGCAGGGAGGCCCCCAGGACCACGCUCACGGGCCCCGCCGAGGCCCGGGCGCCGGAGGACCCGAGGGGCCCUCAGGAAGGGGGACCCGCAGGCCCCAAGAGUUCAUUUCAGUCAAGUUUUUCUUUGAAAGAAGAGAUCGAACAGCUUCUGAUGGUGGAAAGUAAGGAGGAUUUCACGUGCACAAAAGAAGAUGUUUCCGUGUCCCCUCUUGCUCAGGAAACCCGAGUGUCAGAGAGCGAAAGAGCUGUGACUUCCCCACUUCCUCCCUGCCCAGCCUUGGAAAAGACAGAUUCCUGGAUAAAUCCUUCCCUAAGCCAGCCCUGAGUCCAAACCCCA